AUGGAUCAUUUCCACCAGGACCUGCGUUGGCAUCUUGUAGGGACGAACGGCGCCGGCGGCCUCGUCAGGCCCGGCCCCGGCUUGGGCCUCGCACCCUGGCGGGACUGGUGCAUCCGGGGCCCACGACCACUGCCUCCUCUCCCGCCGAGAGCUGCUGCAGACCAGAUCCCCACUGACAACCACCCCACCCCGCCCCGACUCUCAGCCGGAGCCAGCUUGGGAAGCGCGGCCCGCACUCGGAGCCAGACAAAACUCAACCCAGCUGGCCGCCGAUCGAACCAGCCCAACCAGCCAUCCCAGAACCACAACACACACUCACCUCCCCCCCGCUGUCGAUGA